CAAUAUUUCUCUCCACUCAUGUUGAUUCGGUAUUCAUCAUGUACUUGAUGUUGAUGUGUGUGUCAAGCAAAUCGCGUAAUGCAUUCGUCACAGUGUUGUCAUAAUUGAGAGUAGUGCAACGAUUAAUUGAGAAAUGUUUACCAAUAAGAGGAUUUGUUUCCUCCUCUGGAUGCUAACUUCUGGGUGUGCACAGGGAUAUUCUGACAAUGCCCUCGAGAGUUCUGAUGCCAACCGUGGACAGGAUUACGUGGAUCCUCACUCCUUUUAUUACAACCGACAUGACCAAAAGGAAGUGGAAAAAUCGAUAGGGCCUGUCAAAAGCCCAUCACAGUCGUCGAAUUGUAAAGAAAUAUUUAAUAACUGUCUCAAUGGAAAGUUUAAAGAUGUACCUGAUGAAUUGUUCUCACGUAGAUUAAUUAAUAAAUUGUUGUCAAUUGCCACCUUUGAGGAAGAUGAUGAUCUUCUCGUCGGUAGCAUCGUCAUAGAGUUGACGAGUGCGGAGUUGAAAAGACUGAAAAAUUUCGGUUUGGGUAAAGCAACCAUGCGAGAAGUGGAUGCCAUGAUAUCUAAUGUUUUUCGUGCCCCAAAAGCGUCUGUUUUCAUGGAUAUUUACUCGAUCCUCCAGGGAUUCUCGUUGAAAUCCCACGGGGUUUACUCUUCUUACAUUUCACCACACAAAGAACUGAUUUUGACAUUUGCCGCAGUGGUGCAACUCACCUGGUUGCUAGCAAGAACUAGAUGGACGUAUUUUAAAAUAUUUUUUUUAUUUCUCAUCGUCGUGUUCAUUGCGAGUUUCAUUAUUACCUAUUUCCAGCUUCUGAAGGAAGCCGAAAUAAAACUGACAGCUAAACAAUUUCGUUUCAACGAAAUGCCAGUGGAUUGUCAGCCCCAUAAAAUGUUGUGGUAUCAAAAACUCUUCUCAUUUUUUUCUUCUGAUGACCAUUGUAUCCAAUAUUACGAAGCAGUGAUGGAAGACCACAGAUUCCAAGUUACCCCAGUCCAAGUAUUGUCUCGAGUAAUAGGUACAUUUAUUCUGGAACCAGCGCAAUUAAUUGGGCGAGCCCUCGCUGAUUUCGUUCACCAUUCCACGUAUCACAUGGCAUCGCCUGUCCAGUGGCUUCUCCAGCCCUUUUUGCUGGUCGCCAUAAUCGCAGCUGUAAUAAUCGGAAUAGUCUUCGUCAUGAGUACAUGCUUCAAGUCCCUGGCAUUGAGUCCCUUUUCAUUCCUGCGGAACUCGGGGACAGGGCACUAUCACCAAGAUCCGAGAAAUAUAACCAGUAAGGGAAUGAGAGAGCCCAUCGAAGUUAUCUUGAAUCUAAAAGUAUCGACAGACACACCGGGACCCCUGGCAGUCACUCAGAGUGCAGAUCAGGAGCUUCUGGCAGGUGAAAAGUCCGAGAAAUUGGAGUACUCUGCUGGUGGUGACGCAGAUCACCUGAAUUCUGCAUUGGCAAAUGCGAAAUCUGAGGGGGAUUGUUCCAUAAUGAAUUAUAAGUCUCGGGAGCAAGUGGGUGAGAUCAAUCAUGCGGGAGGUGACGCUGACUCCAAGAAUAUCAGGCAAAGACAGAGGAAUUAACGAUUGAAUUUCGGAUGAUAUUUUAAGGAACUUUUUAAAAAUCUGUUGAAGAUUGUGUACCUGUGAUAUGACGCUAAUUCUCGAGUAUAUUCAGUCGAUCGAUCACGUAAUAAGACUGGAGAUUGAGCUGUCUAUUAUUUUAACUUGUAGAAAAUGUAAGAUAAUCAUGUUUAAGAAAUCAUUCAUGAGGAAUUGAAUCUGUAUUUUUAAGAUUGAAAAAUAAAAUUGUGUA